CUUUGCAGAACGUAAGUUGUUUAAUCAAACAUUUUAUCCGUAAUAAUCACGCACUAAAGAUCAUAAUUACUGUAAAUUUUUAUCGGGAGUGUCGAUUAAAGUAAGGGGGGGAUUGCCGGAACGUAUUAUUUACCGUGGAUAUGUGCGAUAACGGCGUUGAUCUCGUUUGGCGGCCGAUCCAUUCAAAUAGGUUACAAUUCCAGUGAAUAUGGCAUGUUGCAAUUCAAUUGGAAUUAGAUAAAUCAUAGUUGCGUAUCAUGUUCGUAUCUACAAGUUGUCAUCAAAAUAGUCGUCUCGUUCUGAGUACAUCGCGAAUUGCUUAAUGUGUAAACUGAUAAUAUUCAAUAUGCACGCAGAUACGUUGCGAUAUAGUGUGUAUUUUAUCUCGCGUUUGUGUUUAGUGUAUCGAAACGUAAUAGUUCGCGAUGUAAAUCUUUGUGAUUCGUAGAAAAAAAAUGCGCGGGUUAAUUUUCAUUCAGUGAUAUAUGUAAUUAAGUGAAUAUUCAUCAAUCAAUGAAGCUAAUUGUCUGGUAACUUGACGAUGUUGAGAACGGAAUCUGCAGCAGGUGGGGUAAACUACAAUAUUCUAACAGGUACAGCUAAAAGAGCGUACUUAGGUUAGGGUACAACAACCGUCUAAGGAGGAAUUUGCAACAAGUGGAGCAAACUGCAAUCUCUUAAUUGCUAGGAUUGUCGUUGCUUUCUACAUCUGUCAUCUUGACAGAAAAGUGACAGGGCAGGGACAAAGGAGCCAAGUCGCACGCGCGGAAGGAUGGAGGACCUCAUGCGAGCGUUGCAAUUUUGCAUUUUUUUCACACUCACGCGUGCACACAGCAACAAACUUACCCCGUCGGCGUGGAAAAUCCGCGCGGAACAGCUCGGCGAAGACGGACAGGGAAAGAGACAGGCCGGACGACGUCGACGGCCGGCGACGGCGUUGCGUACGAGAGUGGCGUCGCGACGCCGGGCGUCGGCGUGGAUCUCGCGCGCGCCGUGUUCCGCGCGUCGCGCGCCGAAAACAAUGGCGUCGUCGGGGUACUCCGAUCCAACAGGGGACGGAGCACCGCCUACGACAGGCGCCGCCCCCAUCAGCGAAGGUGAUCGUGUCCUGGCCGCGUCGGGGCGCCGCGCAGAGCUGCGCGACGCUGAGCCGCACAGAGCGACUGCGGUUUAUCCCCACCGGACCGGCGAGCGCGGCGAGUCCGCGGCCACGCCACCGUCGGUAUUGCUCCACCCAGAUAUACGCUAUGCCGUACUGGUCCUGGUCGAGAAGCCUUGUCAGGGGCAACGUUGCCUGGAGGCAAGGCAACUGCCUGGUCGACUACGCUCGCAGGAGGUGCGAGAAGGAGCGAGGGUCAGGCGGAAAAGAAUGAGGAACGGAGAUGGUGAGAGGCGCGGCUGGAGAGAGCUGGGGACAACACUGAAGGGAGAUGGUGUGUACGAGGGAACUCGCUUAGGGGUGGGGGCGCCGAAAUCGUGCGGCAGGGAUCUCCCUAUGCGGGAAGGCAGACUCUGGUGGUCAAUCGGGCGCCGCGCACCGCAGCAGCGACGCGUCACUGCACCCCUGUUUUGGGAGUCGGGCACGUGCUUCUUUCCUCUCCACCGACGCCGCGCGUUCAACUGCACUCCGGCACGUAGCAGCUCGUCCGCGUCCACAGCCAGCCAGGCGCGAUAAACGCCGAUAAACCGCGAGAAGGCGCGCUUUCACUCCCGUUACUGGAAAGCAUCGCCGUGAAGACGAGUUCCUGGAUAUUCCUGCUUCUUUCGCAACGCGGUGUACGGCGUUAAUAGCGCUAUUCGCGCGCUCGACUAUUAAUCCCGCGAGUAUCUCCGACCUGCCGCGGCGGUCUUGGCGGCGACGUGUUUCCUGAUCUCAGAUCAGUUGACGUCGUCGUGUCGCACUCGAAAUUGAGCGCGACCGCGUCAAUUGUCAGCAGUGUGAAUUUCCCGACGUGGCGAUAUUCGAUGUACUCUCGUUAAACUGUGCAUUGUAAAAGUGUCAGUGAGAUCAUUUGAGCCACUACGUAUUCUCUCGUCGGCAGCUGAUUUCCGGCGGACGAGCUGAGUCAGUGGCGAACUGAGGACAGCGGGAGCUCCGGUCUACGAGAGCCGCACCGAAAAAGUGUUGUGAGCGGAGCAACACCGUCGCGGAUUGUGCUUUCAGCUGGUGGCUGGAUCCGGCCUGACCACGGCCAUUCUCGACACGCACUGUGUUAGCGUGGCCGGAGGUGGCGGCGGCGGAGACGGCGGCGGCGGCGGUAGCGGCGGCGGAGGCGGCAGUGGCACGGUCGGCAGCGGUCGGCUGAGCCUGCACCUUCGUCCUUGCGGAGGUGGCGGAGGCAUCAUCGAAAGUGACAGCGUUCCGGAUUAUCCGCCGAGCGCUGCGGCAGCGCGGAGCAGGGAGGCGGCGGCGGCGGCGCUGCACGCGGCAAGAACCCUGUUGGGCGCGGGGGUGGCUAACCCUUGCUCGCCCACCCCCGAGCCGCCCUUCUGGAAGAUGCCGCAUAAAGAGGAGGACUUGAUGCACGGGGGUGGCGCGGGUAUUGGCGGGGGUUCUAUGGUCGGACAGAACUCAAUAUUUGGGUGCUCGGCUGCAGGACACAGCGGGGUUAACCAGCUCGGUGGCGUUUACGUCAAUGGCCGACCGCUGCCGGACUCCACGAGGCAGAAGAUCGUCGAGCUGGCCCAUAGCGGGGCCAGACCGUGCGACAUAUCACGCAUACUGCAGGUCAGCAAUGGAUGCGUCUCCAAGAUCCUUGGCAGGUAUUACGAGACUGGCUCGAUCAAGCCGCGGGCGAUCGGCGGUAGCAAGCCACGGGUGGCGACAACACCUGUGGUCAACAAAAUCGCCGAUUACAAACGAGAAUGUCCCUCGAUCUUCGCCUGGGAGAUUCGCGACCGACUUUUGCAAGAGGGCGUUUGCAAUAACGACAACAUACCGAGCGUGUCAUCCAUUAACAGGGUACUCAGGAACCUGGCCUCACAGAAAGAGCAACAGGCGGCCGCGGUGCAAGCGCAUCAGGGCGCCGAGAGCGUCUACGACAAGCUGAGAAUGUUUAACGGACAGGCAGCAGGCUGGCCGCCGGCGUGGUACUCGGCGACACCUUCCCAUCAUCCCCUCGCCACGGGUAUUCCAACCGCGGCAACUCCCGGAUCCGGCCAGACUCUUCUGCCUGGUAGCCAGCUUCACGGACGCGACGAUUCUCUGCUCAAGCGAAGCGACACUGGUUCUCUAUUGUCGCAUCAGCAGGAGACAACUUCGGACGGUAAUUCGGAACACAACUCCUCCGGCGAUGAGGACUCGCAGGUGCGGCUAAGGCUGAAGAGGAAAUUGCAGCGCAACCGAACUUCCUUCUCUAACGAACAAAUAGAUAGCCUCGAGAAAGAAUUCGAGCGGACACAUUACCCGGACGUGUUUGCACGAGAGCGUCUCGCCGAGAAGAUCGGAUUACCUGAGGCACGUAUCCAGGUGUGGUUCAGUAAUCGCAGGGCGAAGUGGCGUCGAGAGGAGAAAUUACGGAACCAGAGGAGGGCGGCCGUCGAUCAGGUGGUCGCCGGCGGCAGCGGCGGGGGUAGCAGCGGCGCCGCGCCUCCCGCGGCCACCCCCGCAACGCCACGGUUGCCCUUAAACGCCGGAUUCAACGCCAUGUACUCGUCGAUACCGCAACCAAUCGCCACCAUGCCCGACACGUACAGCUCGAUGUCAAGCAGCUUGGGCGGGUCAAUGGGUGGAAGCUGUCUUCAACAACGCGCCGAAGGCUACCCGGCAUACGUGUUUCACGAACCUCUCCACUCGCUCACGCAGUCCUACUCUCACGCACACAGCGCGGCGGCGGCCGCGCACUCGCAACCCCAUCGCGGCAUCCCGACGUCUCACGGCGGCACCCCCGCAACGCCGGGAGGACAACCCGCUGGACCAGGUGGGGCACCUUACCAGCCGACGACCUCGACCGCGACCGGAGUGAUAUCGGCGGGCGUCUCGGUGCCGGUGCAGAUCCCCUCGCAGACCCCGGACCUGACGGGCAACUAUUGGCCGAGGCUCCAGUGAUCCCAGCUCUUCGGGUUCCCGCCCGCGAGCUUGCUCGUAGGCCAGGAGAGCCCGCCGCCGCCGAGCGUCACCCCGGGCGCGGUGCCCCGACCGCUCCUCGCCUCUCUCGGGAUACCGACGCAGUCGACGCAGCAUCAGGCCCCCAGCACACCGGCGACCACUCCCGUGCACAACUCCGACACCAGUGAGUGAGAGGAUUGACUUCUCGUGACGUGCUCCGUCGCGCAGUGAUCCCUGUCCGAGACACGGCGCGCGGCAUCCUUUGCCGCGCGCAGUUUGCCGACGGGCGACGCCGCGAUUGAUGUGGAGAGAGAGAAAGAGAGAGAGAGAGAGACGCUACGAAAGAAGCUCGCUCGACAGACGCCAAUCUCUUCGAAGACGCGCAGUUAGUGUCGGUUGUGCGUGGAAUGAACCCAAUCCUGAAAAUGAUGACGCAAGUGUCCGAAAUUUCUCUCCACUGUCUUGUAAGUUGAAAAAUUUCGUUUGCCCACUUUUCGCGAUCACUUAUUUAUGAAUUAAUGGUUUUUUUUCCAUGCUGAUAAAGCUGUUACCAGAAACACGUUAUCGAGUGCAUGCUUAAAUAAUGUUGGAAAUAAUUCAUAGUGUUCUAAUUGAUCGGACAAUAUUUGAUCGCACGUAGAGCUAAUAUCACUUCGCUGACCGAAUAAUAAAUCCUCGCAGGCCGGAUUGAUAACUCGCGUCCUCGAAUGUUUACGACCGUCAAUUUUCUGAAAGGCAAUACUUAUCUACGAAACUAUUCAAUUUUAGAUUAAGAGAUAGAAUAGGUUCCUCCCUUCUUGAACGAUUUGUAAGUUUGCCAACGCCUGCAUUGACGAUCGUAAUGGGACGACGUACCGUCGCGAAAUUUUGAGAGAAGCCCGACAGACCAGCAAAUCCCCCUUGAAAUAAAGCGAAAAGAUUUUUUACUAACGACCCGAUUGCAGAGUGGAAUUUUAGGCGGCACGAUAAGUUUUGUAAUUCGAGCCGGAACCAAUCGACAUUACUUAUCUUCCACUUCGUGUCUGAUCUAGAUUUCGUAGAUGUAUACGCAUAACCCGGGUCACGCAGGGUAUUCACGUACUCACGAUAGUGUGUGUAAAUGAUUUACGUUACGCCACCGACGUCAUUACAUCGAGGACUUACGCGUGAAAAACCACCAUCGCCUAAUGAUCAUCGAGUUUACACAGAAAAUGAAUUUUUUUUGCUUAAAUAAUUUCAAUUUAAUCUUCGCCGCGAGGAAAGUCUUUUUCACCGAGUGCCAUAAUGCCGGGAAAGUUAUUUUUCACUUCAUCCCACGCGCGCGAAUUCUCCCUUUAGCUUCCCGAAGAUCGAUCGAUGUCAAGAGCAUUCAUUAAAUUUACAGCCGUUCUCGUUUUUCGGUAUCGGAGAGCUUUAUUACCGGAUUUAUUGGAUACCGCCGGGCGCAUAUUGUUUGCCGCACGUUGUAUCGGUUUCCGGCAAAUAUUUUCCUUCGUGUAAGGGCGGCCGCGAACCGCGUGGAAAUUGAAAGGGAGCCGCAGACACGUAGGCGGCUCCCGCCGAAAUAUAUUCUCGCGAGAGUUUAGGGUGGUAGUCCUUCCCGAUGAGGCUGAUUUUGUUGCGAGAGGGAAGGUUUGCGGGGGAGAGUGGGGGAGAGAGUUGAUAGCUGCCUGGAGGGUGGCUUUUUUCGGCGAUGCCGGCCAUCGUGUCUGCCGGCAGAUAUGGCGUCGGAAGACACCGCUCUCGAGAGGCUGCUCGCAGCUCGGUCUACGUUCGUUUGUGAAUCGUGUAAAAUCGAUCGAUGACUUGUACGAAAAAUAUCCAAACUAUUCGAAGGAGUAUAGUCUUAAUAUAUAUUUGUAUUUAUUUAUAAUUUUAUAUUUAUAUUUUUUUUUUUUAAAUUUACGAUCUCUUUUGUAGUUUAUUUAUUUGUUGCACUUAAUAAAGUUAUUAUUAUUAUUAUGUCAGCGUCUUGACACUUAUUCGGAUUAUCUCCCGAAAUGUAAUGAAGAAGAUGAUCUACAUAAAAAUCGUAUGGAAUCACGUUCCGCUGCGCUUCGAUUCGCACAUGUCAUUAAUUUUUCUGUUGGUUUAUUUUUUUUUUGACUUUUUGGAAUUUUUGCAUUUUAAUGCGGGUGGUUAUUCAUGCGGAGGUUCGUCGUGUUUUACAGGUGCAACCGAACGCGCAUAGGGAUCGCUCCCCGCAUGUGUUUCAAAGUAUACUAUAUUUAAACCUCACCGAGAUCAGUGUGCAGAAUUUAUCGAGAAUAGCAAUAUUGCAGUUUCAAAUCCCCCCUCCUCCCUCCCUCCUCCCCCCUCCCUUUCCACCCGAUGUAGCAUCGCGGAUAGCAUUUUUCUAAACCUCGCGUAAACCAUUUGACGACAGAUUUGCGAGCGAGAAAUCGAAAUGUUCGAUUUGAACUCCUUUAUUUAUAAUACACAUCUCUCCAUACGAAUAUUCAUCCCGGUUCAAGGUACACGAUUCUAGAUUAAGACAAUCCAAUCCCCCGUAGCUUAUACCAUCGUUAUUACCAUAAUGAAAGCACAAUGACGUACGAGAUCGUAAAGAGUACACCGGCGUAACUCUAUAGAGAGAUAAUGCGUUUCGUAAGUGUAACGCCCGGAGGAGGCAAGUAGCAUGAGACGUUCGCGUCGGUAUUUAUUGCUAUUAAUGUAAACGUAUCGCUGAGAUAACAACGGACCGAAAACGAUGAUUCGUCUUUCCGAAUCGGAUCGCGAAUAUUUGGUGCUCGCAAUAACGAGAGGUCUUAUCGGCACUGAAAAACUCGUUAAUUCGUCGCCGCGCACACGAUCGAAGCACACUCUUUCGAUUACGCUGUAUAAAGAUGAUUGUAAGAUAGCAUUUGUUACUCUCUUUAGACCAGUACUGUAAAUUAGAGAUAACUAUCGCUGUAUAUAUUACGUACGUAAGUAAGUCAGACGAAUUCCAGUUACGUUCGAGCGUACCUACCUUAUAGACUACGCAACAUCUUAUCCGUGUAUUCAAUGUUUUCCCUCACCGAAGUGACGACUCCGUUACUUACACCGUGCAGCAGCAGAACUUCAAUAAAGUCAAAUGAUCUGAGCCUA